CCGUGGUGUUCAGCACAGCCUCUGCUGCCCCACAGCAGUAGCACACCACUGUCACCUGGCCUUACCACACCAGGUGGGAACCACCAGCACUCACCCCUGAAACAUGGCUUGGAGCCUCUGUUCCCUGUUGCUUCUGCUGCCCUGUGCAGCGACUCUGCCGCCCAACGGGCCUCAGUCUCUGGACCGUGAUCUCUCCUUCCUGAAGUCGUUGCUCUCCACUCUGGACCAGGCUCCCCAGAGCUCCCUCAGCCACUCCCGGUUUUCCGCGUUCUUGGCCAACAUCUCUUCUUCCUUUGAGCUUGGGAGAUCCGGGGAGGCGCCAGUGGGGGCGCCCCCGCCCCUGCAGCCCCCUGCCCUUCGGCUCCACGACUUCCUAGUGACGCUGAGGGGCAGUCCGGACUGGGAGCCAAUGCUCGGGCUGCUGGCGGAUGUUCUGGCUCUGCUGGGACAGGAGCAGACUCCCCGGGACUUCCUGGUACACCAGGCUGGUGUGCUGGGUGGACUGGUAGAGGUGCUGCUGGGAACCUUAGUUCCAGGGGGACCCACCGCCCCCACGCGGCCCCCGUGCACCCGUGACGGGCCCCCAGACUGUGUCCUGGCUGCUGACUGGCUGCCUUCUCUGUUGCUGUUGCUGGAGGGCACACGCUGGCAGGCCCUGGUGCAGGUGCAGCCAAGCGCAGAGCCCAUCAAUGCCACAGACCUGGAAGGGAGGGAGCCAGCCCCCCACCUUUUGCAGGGUCUGUUGAGUUUGCUCACCCCAGCAGGGGAGCUGGGCUCUGAAGAGGCUCUUUGGGGCGGUCUGCUACGCACAGUGGGGGCGCCCCUCUAUGCUGCCUUCCAGGAAGGGCUGCUCCGUGUCACCCACUCCCUGCAGGAUGAGGUCUUUGCCAUUCUUGGACAGCCAGAGCCGGAUGCCAAUGGGCAGUGCCAGGGAGGCAACCUCCAACAGCUGCUCUUAUGGGGCGUCAGGCACAACCUUUCCUGGGACAUCCAGGCGCUGGGCUUUCUCUCUGGAUCGCCACCCCCACCCCCUGCCCUGCUGCACUGCCUGAGCACAGGUGUGCCCCUGCCUAGGGCGUACCAGACCUCAGCCCACAUGAGACCCCGCCAGCGGAGAGCCAUCACCCUGGAGGCCCUCUGUGAGAACCACUCAGGCCCAUCCCCACCCUACAGCAUUUCCAACUUCUCCAUCUACCUGCUCUGCCAACAUGCCAGGCCUGCCACCCCGCAGCCCCCUCCCAGCACUGCCGCCAUCUGCCAGACGGCUGUGUGGUAUGCUGUCUCGUGGGUCCCAGGUGCCCAAAGCUGGCUCCAGGCCUGCCAUGACCAGUUUCCUGAUCAGUUCCUAGAUGUGAUCUGUGACAGCCUCUCCUUCUCGGUGCUGUCUGGCCCCAUCCGCCGCUUGGUGAAGCGGCUCUGUGCUGGCCUGCUCCCACCCCCCACCAGCUGCCCCGAAGGCCUACCCCCUGUCCCCCUCACCCCAGAGAUCUUCUGGGGCUGCUUCUUAGAGAAUGAGACACUGUGGGCUGAGCGACUGUGUGGGGAGGCCAGUCUGCAGGCAGUGCCUCCCAGCAACCAGGCUUGGGUGCAGCACGUGUGCCAGGGCCCUACUACAGAUGCCACUGCCUCCCCACCCUGUCAUGUGGGACCCUGUGGGGAGCGCUGUCCGGAUGGGGGUGGCUUCCUUGUGAUGGUCUGUGCUAAUGACACCAUGUACGAGGCCCUGGUGCCCUUCUGGCCAUGGCUGGCAGGCCAGUGCCGGAUAAGUCGCGGCGGCAAUGAUACUUGCUUCCUGGAAGGACUGCUGGGCCCACUUCUACCCUCCCUGCCCCCACUGGGACCGUCUCCACUCUGCCUGGCCCCCGGCCCCUUCCUGCUCGGCAUGCUAUCCCAGUUGCCACGUUGUCAGUCCUCCGUGCCGACCCUUGCCCACCCUACACGCCUGCACUAUCUCUUGCGCCUGCUGACCUUCCUCCUGGGGCCGGGGGCCGGAGGUGCUGAGGCCCAGGGGAUGCUGGGUCGGGCCCUGCUUCUCUCCAGUCUCCCAGACAACUGCUCCUUCUGGGACGCCUUCCGCCCUGAGGGCCGACGCAGCGUGCUGAGGACAGUUGGGGAGUACCUGGAACAGGAGGAACAGUCCACCUUACCAGACUUUGAACCUGCCAAUGGCCACAGCUCUGAAUUAGGCAAGACGGAACUGUUGUCCUGCUUCAGCCCUGUGCUGUGGGAUCUGCUGCAGAGAGAGAAGAGUGUUUGGGCCCUGCAGAUUCUAGUGCAGGCAUAUCUGCACAUGCCCCCGGAGAAUCUCCAGCAGCUUGUGCUUUCUGCAGAGACGGAAGCUGCACAGGGCUUCCUGACGCUGAUGCACCGCUCCUGGGCCCAGCUGCAGGUUCCACCAUCCGAGGAGCAGGCCCUGGGUCGUUUGACGGCUCUGCUGCUCCAGCGGUACCCACGCCUUACCUCCCAGCUCUUCAUUGACCUGUCACCACUCAUCCCCUUUUUGGCUGUCUCCGACUUGAUGCGCUUCCCACCAUCGCUGCUGGCCAAUGACAGUGUCCUGGCUGCCAUCCGGGAUUACAGCCCAGAAAUGAGGCCUGAGCAGAAGGAGGCUCUGGCAAAGAGACUGCUGGCUCCAGAGCUUUUUGGAGAAGUGCCCGCCUGGCCCCAGGAGCUGCUGUGGGCAGCGCUGCCCCUUCUCCCCCACCUUCCUCUGGAGAAUUUUCUGCAGCUCAGCCCUCACCAGAUCCAGGCCCUAGAGGAUAGCUGGCCAGCGGCAGGCCUUGGGCCGGGGCAUGCUCGACAUGUGCUGCGCAGCCUGGUGAACCAGAGUGUUGAGGAUGGCGAGGAGCAUGUUCGCAGGCUUGGCUCCCUCGCUUGUUUCCUGAGCCCUGAGGAGUUGCAGAGCCUGGUGCCCUUGAAUGAUCCGAUGGGGCCAGUAGAACGGGGGCUGCUGGAGUGUGCCGCCAAUGGGACCCUCAGCCCAGAAGGACGGGUGGCAUAUGAACUUCUGGGGGUAUUGCGCUCAUCUGGAGGGGCAGUGUUAAGUCCCCCAGAGCUGCGGGUCUGGGCUCCUCUCUUCCCUCAGCUGGGCCUCCGCUUCCUGCAGGAGCUCUCAGAGCCCCAGCUUCGGGCCAUGCUUCCUGCCCUGCAGAGAACCAGUGUCACACCUGCCCAGGCUGCCCUUCUGCUUAGCAGGCUCCUCCCUAGGCACGAUCUGUCCCUGGAGGAGCUCUGUUCCUUACACUCUCUGCUGCCGGGCCUCAGUCCCCAGACACUCCAGGCUAUUCCCAAGAGAGUUCUGACGGGAGCCUGUUCCUGCUUGGCCCCUGAACUGUCUCGUCUCUCAGCCUGCCAGACUGCAGCAUUGCUUCAGACCUUCCGGGUGAAAGAUGGCAUGAAAACCUCAGGUACAGCAGGUGCUGGUGCGGCCGUGUGUGUCCCUGGGCAGCCCAUCCCCACCACGUGGCCAGACUGCUUGCUUCCCCUGCUCCCAUUAAAGCUGCUACAGCUGGACUCAGCUGCUCUUCUGGCAAACCGAAGACGCUACCGGGAGCUGCCCUGGUCUGAGCAGCAGGCCCAGUUUCUCUGGAAGAAGAUGCAGGUGCCUGCCAACCUGACUCUCAGGAAUCUACAGGCUCUGGGAACCCUGGCAGGGGGAAUGUCCUGUGAGUUUCUGCAGCAGAUCAGCUCCAUGGCAGAUUUCCUGGAAGUGGUCCACAUGCUCUACCAACUACCCACGGGGGUCCGAAAGAGCCUGAGAGUGUGUAUCUGGGCAGACAUGCAGCGGAGAAUGGCAAUGCCAGAGCCAGAGUUGACAACGCUGGGGCCAGAACUGAGUGGACUGGACCCCAAGCUGCUCCUGGACUUACCGAUCCAGCUGCUGGGUAGACUAUCCAAUGAAUCCAUUAUGCUGAUGGUAGAGCUGGUACAGGGAGCUCCAGACCAACUGCUGGCACUGACCCCACUCCAGCAGACAGCCCUGGCAGAGAGGGCACUGCAAAACCUGGCUCCAAAGGAGACCCCCAUCACAGGGGAGGUGCUGGAGAUUUUGGGGCCCUUGGUCGGAUUCCUGGGGAUAGAGAGCACACGACGGAUCCCCCUACCGAUCCUGCAGUCCCGGCUCAGUCAGCUGCAGGGCUUCUGCCUAGGAGAGACGUUUGCCACAGAGCUGGGUUGGCUGCUGUUGCAGGAGCCUGUUCUUGGGAAACCAGAGCUGUGGAGCCAGGAUGAAGUAGAGCAAGCUGGACGCCUCGUGUUCACUUUGUCUACUGAGGCUAUUUCAUUGAUCCCCAGGGAGGCAUUGGGCCCAGAGACAUUGGAGAGGCUUCUAGAAAAGCAGCAGAGCUGGGAGCAGAGCCGAAUUGGACAGUUAUGUGGGGGGCCACGUCUGGUUCCCAAGAAAGCAGCCCUGGUAGCUGGGCUUGUGCGACCAGCUGCAGAGGAUCUCCCAGAACCGGUGCCAAACUGUGCAGAUGUACGGGGGACCUUCCCAGCAGCCUGGUCUGCAACCCAGAUUGAGGAGAUGGAGCUCUCAGACUUUGAGGAUUGCCUGGCUCUGUUUGCUGGAGACCCAGGACUUGGGCCUGAGGAACUACGGGCGGCCAUGAGCAAGGCAAAGCAGUUGUGGGGUCCUCCCCGGGGACUCCGACCUGAGCAGAUCCUGCAGUUGGGUAGGCUCUUAAUAGGUCUAGGAGAGCGGGAACUGCAGGAGCUCAACCUGGUGGACUGGGGGGUGCUGAGCACCCUGGGUCAGACAGACGGCUGGAGCUCCAUCCAGCUCCGGGUUGUCGUCUCCAGUUUCCUACGGCAGAGUGGUCGGCACGUGAGCCAUCUGGACUUCAUUCACCUGACAGCACUGGGUUAUACACUCUGUGGACUUCGGCCAGAAGAGCUACAGCACAUCAGCAGUUGGGAAUUUAGUCAAGCAGCUCUCUUCCUGGGCAACCUGCAUCUCCAGUGCUCUGAGGAACAGCUGGAGGUUCUGGCCCACCUUCUUGUGCUGCCCGGUGGCUUUGGCCCUGUCAGUAACUGGGGGCCUGAGAUCUUCACUGAAAUUGGCACAAUAGCAGCUGGAAUCCCAGACCUGGCUCUUUCAGCACUACUUCGAGGACAGAUCCAGGGGCUUACUCCCCUUGCCAUUUCUGUCAUCCCUCCUCCUAAAUUCGCAGUAGUGUUCAGCCCUGCUCAGCUGUCUAGUCUCACCAGUGUUCAGGCUACAGCAGUCACUCCAGAGCAAAUGGCCUUUCUGAGUCCUGAGCAGCGACAAGCAGUUGUAUGGGCCCAGUAUGAGGGAAAAGAGAUUCCCGAACAGCAGGGUCGAAGCACAGCCUGGGGCCUUCAGGAUUGGUUACAAGCCUAUUGGUCCCUGGCAUUGAUCAUCAGCUUCCUUGGCCACCUGCUCUGAGCCUGCGUCUACUGUCUUGGGAGCUUGUUGAAAGUAGAACCUCACAUCAUAAGGAAUAAAGUACAAAUAGAAGUGCAUUCUAAUUAUUCUCAGGAAGCCGAUGAGGAAUA